UAACAGUGGUAAACAGACGUCAGAAGGGAGUCUUCGCAUCGAGUCAAAACAAAACAAAGCAAAAUAAGUCAAAAAGAGAGCGAAGAAGCGGAUAUUUGGAUCGCUACGACGACAGAAAGUUUCUCAAAACUCGUCCAGGAUCUGAAACGGAUGCUCGGGGGAGCCUAUCUGAGGUUUUUCGCGGACUUUUUCACGGAUUGUAAACUCUGGAGUAGCAGGAGCUUAAGCAGCUAGCGUUACGGUGGCUAUCGUGCUGUUUGGAAAGUGCGGCGGCGACUUGGAGCCGACAGACCCGCUGGCGACCGAGCUCCGCUGAGUUCCCUGGAACAAACUGUGGGAUUCCUUCACCGAGUCCACGAAGGCGCCCACCAGACUGGAGUUUAGUUUGUUGCGCGGCGGCGUGUGAGGCGGCAAGACUGGGAGAAACAUGGCAGUUGGUGACAUGCGCCUGGCCGCAAUGUGGCGAAUGGAACGGACCUAAGGGACGGACCUCAGGACUAGUUCUUUUUUUUAAAAACACUUACCUUAUUUUUUACUACAAUAAACUUUAUUAAGGUUAGAUUAAAGCACAUCCCCCCCUUUUUGUCUCUUUUAGACGUAAGUUUGGAUGUUUAAAUCCCAGACGGGACGCAGAGACAGUGGACAAAGUCUCAGGAUUGUUUGCACAAAGUCGCUCCUUGGACAUUUUUACUAUUAACUCUAAUUCAGCCGCGCUGGUUAGUGACUGCUGAUUUUUAUAUUCUUGCGUGUUUUUCUUUGUUUGUUUGUUUUUAUUUUCAAACGUGCUCUUCAAACAUAAAAAAAUAUUUUUGACGGAAAAGUAAGAAAAAAGAAAUCUGGAAAUUUGGUACAGAAAUAUAUUUUCACUCAUUUCUAAAAUAUUACUUUGGUGAUUUCUAAAAACUUUUUAUACUUAACGAACUUUUUUUUGUAUGAGCAGAAACCUCUGUAGAUCCAGAUGUUGCGGCGCUCAACACUCCUUCACUAUUGUUUGUGUUUCAUUGAAACAAAGAGACUUCUUCUAUAUAUAUAAAUCGGAAGGUUUAUGAUAGUUACUAUUAAGGAGAUUAUUUGGGUUCCCUAAUCUCCAAUCUGAGGAUUAACAGAGGCCAUUGGUGUGUCCAGAUUAUUGCGUCUCCUUUCUAGGCCCCUUAGUUGAAGACCCCCUGUUGUGACUGAGGUAUAUAUGUAUAUGUAUUUUUUUUUUUUAUCUCAGAAACUUUUUAAUUUACGUUAAAAUAUUAAAAAGGUAAAUGUUUUAGGAGAACAGAACUUUGUCAGACGGAGUUUAGAAAACCAGCAUGGAGGAGUCUUCAAUGCCCCCCAUCGAUCCAGAUUUUGAGCCGCAGAGCAGACCCCGCUCCUGCACAUGGCCGCUCCCGAGGCCCGACAUCUCGGCUGUCAAAGUCGAAGGGGCGGAUGGCGCCGAGUCCGCCGCCGGGACCCCGCCCGCAGCCGACGAGGACAAGUCCGAACCGCAGCAAAUCAUCUCCGAGCCCGAGAAAGCUGCUGCUGCCGCGGCGGCGGAGGAGGGCGGGGUUGUGGCCGGCGUGGGCGGAGCCGGAGCGACGCCCCGCAAAGGAUCCUCCCGGCGCAACGCGUGGGGGAACCAGAGCUACGCGGAUCUGAUAAGCCAGGCCAUCGAGAACUCGCCAGAAAAGAGGUUGACCCUGGCUCAGAUCUACGACUGGAUGGUGAAAACUGUGCCUUACUUCAGAGAUAAAGGAGACAGCAACAGCUCUGCCGGCUGGAAGAAUUCAAUUCGUCACAACUUAUCACUCCACAACAAGUUCUUGAGGGUUCACAAUGAGUCCACCGGGAAGAGCUCCUGGUGGAUGCUCAACCCCGAGGGUGGGAAGACGGGGAAAGCCCCCCGCCGCCGAGCCGUCUCCAUGGACAACAGCAGCAAGCUGCUGAAGAGCCGCAUGCGAGCCAAGCAGACCAAGAAGCAGGCUGGAGCGGCCGGCGGUGGCGGCAUGCUGCAGGGAGACAGCGGCGGCGGUUCUGCUGGAGCUGAGAGCCCCAACUCGUCGCAGCAGUUCCCCAAGUGGGGCGUGAACAGCAGCAGCCCGUCAUCGCGUGGCAGCCUGGACGACGCUGACAUGUGGACCACCUUCCGCCCGCGCACCAGCUCCAACGCCAGCACCCUGAGCGGCCGCCUGUCACCCAUCGCCCCAGGCCAGGAGGACGAUGACAGCCUGCCUGACGACGGCCUGCUGGGCCGCUACGCCUCCAGCAGCCUGACCCCGACGCUCACAGAAACCGUCAUGGAGGAGCUGGACCUGAUCGACAACCUCACCCUGAUGACGGCGCAGCAGGGCGCGGCCAGUCCCAGCACGGCGCCGCCGGCACCGCCCACGCCGCUGCCCUCCGCUUCCACCUUGCUGCCGCGCGGCUCCGGCUUCACCUCCUUCCACCAGGCGCACUCUGCCGCCCAGCCCGCCGUCUCACUCAAAGAGCCGCCGGCGUCCUUCAGCAACUCCCUCUUCAACCCCAUGAGCAGCUCCAGCGCUCACGGUGGCGGCCACUACGGCGGCCAUGUUCCUUCCAGCCUGGAGGCGCUGCUGACCUCUGACUCCCCUCCGCCUAGUGAUGUGCUAAUGGCCCAGGUCAGCCCACUCUUGGCGAACUCUGGAGGUCUGGGUCAGAUGGGUUUGGGCGUGCGAGCCAAACCCGCUCAGCUGCAGCUGAACAAAGCGCUGGAGGCGAACGCCGUAGCGCCGAUGGCGAUGCAGACACAGAUGCAGCCGCCGCCACAGCAGCAUUUCCGCCACAACCACCAGCAGCAUCAAAUUGGACUGGGGAUGAUCCUGUCCGGACUCUCCCAGGACCCGACUCCCCUCUCUGCUCUCAAAACCCACCAGGUGCAAACCAUCAGCCCUCAUCACACCGCUCCGGCCCCAGCUGCCAAUCAGAACCUGAGCCUGCCGGCGGUUGGUCCGUUUGGCGUUCCGACAGGGUUCCAGCCCGGUCAGGAGCGACUGCCCACGGACCUGGACAUAGACAUGUUCACAGAGAACCUGGACUGUGAUGUGGAUUACAUCAUCAACAGCGACCUCAUGGACGGAGACGGCAUGGAUUUCAACUUUGACCCCAUCUUGCCCGGAGGCCAAGGCUACACGGGGCCGACCACCACGCAGGGCUCGGCCCACAGCUGGGUGCCCAGCUAAUCCAGCAGAACCUCAUCAGGAUCUCACCUCCAGUCAACUUAACCUCACUAAAACAGCAGAACAACCGGUGCACCGCCCCCUGCUGGAUGAAAACAGCAAGUCCAACAUCUGACCUCACAUCACGUGCCAAGAUGUGUGGUUACAGGGAGGCAACUAUGCACGGCUUUCUUUUCAUUUUUCUCUAAAUGAUUUUUCUUAAUAACACUUGGCAACAACUUGGCUGCUUUCUUAAGAACCGGAACUGAUGACUAUAUUGUUAUUAUUUGUGUAAAAAAAAAGAAAAGAAAAAAGAUAUGUUUUGGAAUGUAAAGACAAAUCAUCAGAGGUUGCAUUUCAUGUCAUGUUACACCGCAGCAGCUGUAGAGACGGUACGUCCAGAUCAAGCUGGCGCUGGUUCUGAACACUUUAUUCUUGUUGUUUUUUUGGCCAGUUUUGCACCAGCGCUCGCUCGACACGUUGCUAUGCGAUCGACUGAAAGAAGUGCGGGCAAUCAAGCUGCACAGACCCGAGAGGGAAACAGAGAGUUGAGAUCAGGAAGACUAACGGACUGGACGACCUUUUGGUGGCUUUACAUCAACCCUGUAAAUUGAACUCAAUUGGAGUUUUCCUUCUGUUUGGCAUUUUUUGACAAGCGUGCUAUGAUAGAAACCAGCUAGAGGGUGUUUUUGUUUCCUCCUAAAUCCCUGAGGUGCAGUUGAACUAACAAAAUGAAGAAAUCGAACGCGUGGGCAUUUCAAAGUAUUACACGCCACCAGAAUGCCUCCGCUCUCUUAUUGUUGUUUUUGGGUUUUCCUCUUUCAGUCUGUGCAUUUUCAAAGCACUUAGGUUUCCUGCUACACAGGGACCCCAAACUGUAAAAAUUAGUUUAUAUCGUUUCAACAAAUAAUAAUAAAAAAGAGCAUAUAAUCCUUUAAAAGAGACAAUGAAAUGAACACGUUGCACCUGUACUUGACGGCACGCUAUGCAGAUUUAUCAGGAGACGGAAACAAAACCUUGAAGGAAAUCAAAGGUUUUUGUUGUUGGAUGUUCUCCUGCUGUGGUUUCUUGGAAAAGUACUCUUCCUCACUAAACGUCUCACGUUUUGUUACAAAAACAAACUGCAAUGAGUUCUAUUGGGAUUUUAGGUGUGGAACAUUUUUCUUUGCAAAUAUCUGAAAAGUGUGGCGUUGAAUUACCUUUUGCUGUAGUUCUAGUUUUGUCUCAACCAAUUUCCUGCAUCUGAAGACACUUAGCAUUUGGUAUCUCUGCAAAUUUGUUUUGUCGGUUUCUGUUUUUAAAAAUCCAGAAAUUAUAAUUUUUAAAAUAAAUUUUAAAACUCAAAUUUUCCCGUUUCAGUGUGUAGACCCCAAAAAAAUAUGCCAAAAAAACAACAACACUUUUUCUGUUUCAAUUGCAGAUUAAUUGACAUUUGAGGAAAGAUGCCACACUUUUCAGAUUUAUUUACUUUACAUGAUCACUUUUUUACACAACUUUAUUCUAUUUUUUUUAACAUAAAAUCCCAACAAAACAUUUAAGUUUGUGGUUUAAGCGCCUCAAAACGUGGAAACGUUUCUAAAAGGAUGUGUAUUUUUGACAAGGCGCUGCAAAACUGUAAGAGUCUCCUCUCACACUUUAAUUUUUAAAUACUAACAUAAAAUCAAUUAAAUCACAGUGUGAAAGGUACCAGAAAAGAAUAUAUUUCAUUAUAGUUUUAAUAUACAAUUUAGGUAGAGAUGAUAAAUCAAAUAUUAUAAUACGUAUAUUACUAAUGACAAAUGAUUUUUUUUUUUUUUUUACAUUGGAAGAAGCAUUCUCAGAUUUUUAAUGGUGAUUUUUCUAUACUUUUAUUUUUGUAAAGGACAAAAUGCAUGUGGAUUUUUUUUUUUUUUUUACAUAACCAAAGGAACACUAAUAUUUGCAUGGCAUUUAAAAAGCGCUUGGGCCUGACACAGCAUCUUCUGUGUACAUACGCUUCGCAAAGCAGACCUGUAAUGUGAUUUUUAUUUCAUUUUUUUAGUGGGAAGAUAAAGGAGGCGAAUACAUGAUCAUGUCAGCUCCGAUUCCCAGCCACCUGCCUCGCGCUUUUUAUUUGUUUUACUCUGAAAUCUACGUCGGUUCUCAUCUCAAAACGAGUUACCUCUCAGAAGCAGGAAAACUGCUGCGUGCAGAUUUAAUCGGAUAUUUAUUUUGCACAAGACUGGAAACCCAACAUGCCAUGUCUUUGAUUUAAUUUCCUCUGAGAAAAAAAUGAGGUGAUCUAAAAUUAAACUUCCUGUUUUGUUUUUUCUUUGAAGAGUAUUCAUGUUUAGUUGUUUAGCCAUGCGUGUCAGUGCUAGUUGUACUAUUUCUUUUUUUUAAAAUCCAAAACACUAGAGCACGAUGUUGCUUUGUAGCAAUACUUAAACCUGUCAUCUCCCAUCUUUUAACAUUUUGUUUUUGUUGAUUCUGUGCUCAGAAAUAACACCCACUCUGCAUCUUGAACUCAUUUUUUCACAAUAACAUUGUUAAAAAACAAAACAACAACAAAAAAAAACACGUUAAAGCACUCUCCUUCUUUCCCUCCCCACAAAUGUUUUAUAUCUUGUUUUUGUUUUUGCAAAUAAUGGUGCUAGAUGAUAUCAGUGCAGUCGGUGCAUAUCAGGGCCUUUGUAUUUUGGAUUAUGAUACUUAGGAUGCAACCAGAACUUUUUGUUUUUUGUUUUGUUCUUACAUGUACAAUAUAACUUGGAAGCAAGAGUCAAACUUCUUUAAUUUUGCAUGAUUUUUAUUCAGUAAUAUCAGUAAUUAUUUUAGUCAUAUAUGCAACCAGGCUUGUUUUUGUUUAAUUUUUGAUCAUUUCCAGCUGAGAGGCUGCAGCAGCUUCUUUUACUCCAGUUUACGGUCGCUGCCUCUGUGGUGUUUAUUACCUGGCUUGUAUCUCCUCUAACGCUGACACAACUUUCUGCUUGUUCUUAUUCUUCUGUUAUUGUUAGUAGCAGUUAGUUCCUGUAUGUUUUUAACUUUGCCCUCAUUUGUUACAGCAUUAAAAGUUGGCUUAGGGGGGCGAUGGGUUGUGCAGAAGCCAAUUAAUGUUUGUGUUUUUUAGUCAUGUGAAUAUUUUCUUUUUCUUCUUCUUUUCCCUCCUCUUUGCUUUUUCUUCUUAUUCUUUUCUUUACACUUUGUAAAGUCAGCCAGAGAUAAAAGUAGAGAUGCAGAAAUCAAUUCAAUAAAAUGUUUAACCCA